AUGAAGUGGCUUGGCAGUAUGUCCCUCAGCAGCAAAAGGAGUAAGAGGAGGAGUAGAAGGAGCAGCAGUUGCAGCAGCAGCAAUGGCAGUAAUAGUGUGCUGCUAUCCCUGGCUCUCCUGGUGGCGGUGACCUUGAUUGCAGACCCCGUGGCGGCUCAAAAGCAGCGAACUGGCAGCGCCUCUGAAAAAGUGCCAGUCCUGAACAUUGCGGUGAUCCUGGGGCGCACACGCUACAUCUCAGACCGGGACAUCCGGGCGUUGUGGAGCAAGGAGGACCCCAUUGACGUCAACGUGGUCACACUGCUGGUCAACGAGACCGACCCGAAAAGCAUCAUCACCCACAUGUGCGACCUGAUGUCCGGGACCAAGAUCCAUGGCGUGGUGUUUGGGGAUGGCACCGACCAGGAGGCCAUCGCCCAGAUUUUGGAUUUUAUUUCCUCGCAGACGCUCAUACCCAUCCUGGGCAUCCAUGGAGGGUCGUCCAUGAUCAUGGCUGAUAAGGAUGUGAAGUCAACAUUCUUUCAGUUCGGGGCCUCCAUCCAGCAGGAGGCUUUGCUGAUGCUGAACAUCAUGGAGGAAUACGACUGGCACAUCUUCUCCAUUGUCACAUCAAAGUUCCCUGGCUACCAGGAGUUCAUCAAUAUCCUAAAAACUACUGUUGACAACAGUUUUGUGGGCUGGGACCUGCAGAAUAUCAUCGUUCUGGACGCAGUAGAGGAAGACAGCCGGUCUCAGAUCAUGCUCAAGAAGGUCCAGUCCCCAGUGGUCCUGCUCUACUGCUCCAAGGAUGAGGCAGUCUACGUCCUGGAGGAGGCUCGCUCUCUGGGCCUCACUGGGUUUGGAUACAUCUGGAUUGUGCCGUCGCUCACCACUGGGAACCCGGAAAUAACGCCUGACGAGUUUCCACCGGGAAUGAUUUCAGUGUCAUACGACGACUGGGACUACCCGUUGGAGGCACGCGUUCGGGAUGGUCUGGGGAUCAUAACGUCAGCAGCAGCAGCCAUGUUGGAGGAGUAUGGUGACAUCCCUGAAGCCAAGACGUCCUGUUACGGCCAGAUGGAGAAGACAAGCAAGCUGCCACCCAGUGCGCUACAUAAGUACAUGAUGAAUGUGACAUGGGAUGGCAGAGACUUGUCAUUCACAGAAGACGGCUACCAGGAAUACCCAAAGCUGGUGGUCAUUGUUCUCAACAAGGAGAGAGAGUGGGAGAAGAUGGGGAAACUGGACAACCGCAGCCUGACGCUUAAGUACCCAGUGUGGCCGCGCUUCAACUCCUUCGGUGAUGCUGAGCUGGAUGACAACCACCUGUCCAUUGUCACUUUAGAGGAGAAACCUUUUGUUAUCGUGGAGGACGUAGAGAGGCUCACCGGUACCUGCAUGAGGAACUCCGUGCCCUGCAGGAAGCACAUCAAAGACAACACAACAGAGGCUGGUGGGACAUACAUAAAGAAGUGCUGCAAAGGCUUCUGCAUUGAUAUUCUCAAGAAGAUUGCAAAGUAUGUGAAGUUCACCUAUGACCUGUACCUGGUAACCAAUGGCAAGCAUGGCAAGAAGAUCAACAACGUCUGGAAUGGGAUGGUGGGAGAGGUGGUCUAUAAGAAAGCCGUCAUGGCCGUCGGAUCUCUGACGAUCAAUGAGGAGCGUUCUGAGGUCAUCGAUUUCUCCGUCCCGUUCGUGGAAACCGGGAUCAGCGUCAUGGUCUCCCGUAGCAACGGAACCGUCUCCCCGUCAGCCUUUUUUCAGAACCCGUACGCGUACUCACCUCCGUUCCGCUUCGGGACGGUUCCAAACGGAUCCACAGAGAGAAACAUCAGGAAGAACUACCCGGCCAUGCACCAAUACAUGGUGAAAUAUCAUCAAACUGGAGUCGUGGACGCACUUGUCAGCCUCAAAACGGGUAAACUGGAUGCCUUCAUCUAUGAUGCUGCAGUGUUGAACUACAUGGCUGGCAGAGAUGAGGGAUGUAAGCUGGUGACCAUUGGCAGCGGGUACAUCUUUGCUACCACUGGUUACGGCAUUGCUCUACAGAAAGGCUCCUACUGGAAACGACAGGUGGAUCUGGCCAUCCUGGCCAUCAUCGGAGAUGGUGAAAUGGAGGAACUAGAAGCCCAGUGGCUGACCGGAAUUUGCCACAACGAGAAGAACGAGGUCAUGUCCAGUCAGCUGGAUGUGGACAACAUGGCUGGGGUCUUUUACAUGCUGGCAACAGCCAUGGGGCUUUCCCUUAUCACCUUCGUCUCUGAGCAUCUCUUCUACUGGAGGCUCAGAUACUGUUUCACUGGGGUCUGCACCGGCAAGCCAGGUCUUCUUUUCUCCAUCAGUCGGGGAAUCUGGAGUUGCAUCCAUGGAGUCCAUAUUGACAUGAAGAAAAAGACAGAUCUGGACUUUAGCCCCCAAGACAAAAUGCUUAAGCUCAUUAAAUCAGCCAAACAGAUGACCAACAUGUCUAACCUGAGUGGCUCCCGCAUGAACUCACCCAAACGUGAGUUCAUGCACUCAGCUGGGCCCAUGAUCAUGGACAUGAUGGCAGAGAAGGGCAACUUCAUCUAUGCUGACAACCGAAGCUAUGCUCCCAAAGACAUGAUCUAUGGGGACACUGGUGACCUGCAGUCCUAUCUUGCUAAUCGCCACAAAGACCACCUUAACAACUACAUCUUCCAGGGAGGCCAGCAUCCUCUGACCCUGAAUGAUGCCAAUCCCAACACAGUAGAGGUGGCAGUGAAUGCUGAUGCAGUCCAGACCAAUGCCAAGCCUCCCCGGACCCUGUGGAAGAAGUCAGUGGACACACUUCGUUCUGUGCCACCUGGGCCCCCUCCAAUGCCUGACAUGCUGAUGCCAGACCCACGAAUGUCGAUGAAGACACAGCGCUACCUCCCUGAGGACACAGCCCACUCUGACAUCUCCGACUGUUCCAGCAGGGCAGCCUCCUACAAGGACCCAGAAAACAACAAGCACCUGAAGCCCAAGGACAACUUAAAAAAAAGAUCGGUGACGUCAAAAUACCCAAGGGACUGCAGUGAGGUGGAGCUGUCCUACUUAAAGACUAAGCAGGUCAGCAGAGGAGAGAAAAUCUACACUAUCGACUCAGACCGAGAACUGAGUCUACACUCAGACCCCAUUCACUACCGAGAGAGUCGUGGCCUUGCUGCUGAUGAUUUGGAUUAUCCUGAAAUCUACUCUGACCACAGUGACAACUAUAGGAAGUGUGAGCAGCCCAUCAUUCAUCUGAACUCCUCGCCUUUGCAUCACACUGACUCUGAUCUUCUACCAGAUCCAACUUACUCUAAACACUACAACCUGAAAGAGAAAAACCUUUCCCUGUCCCCACACGAAUCUAUUGAUCGCUACAAACAGACACACUGUCGUUCCUGCUUGUCCAAAGUGACCGCUGGCUACCCACCAGGAGGGGCGUACACCCCUGCUGUAUCUGCCUCAGCUUCUGCCACACGCUCACCUUAUAAUCGGUGUGAAGCAUGCCUUCACACAGCCAACCUGUAUGACAUUACUGAGGACCAGCUCCUUACAGACCCCUUGGUCAGUCCCACCCUGCACCACCAACAGCAGCAGCAACCAGAUGAAAUGUUUGGUCUGUAUUGGCCACAGACAGAUGGGCCGCAUGUCCAAAAGAGAAACCGUUUAAGGCUGAGUCGUCAGCAUUCCUUUGACAACAUCAUGUUAGAAAAGCCCAAGGAUGUAGACCUGGGCCGGCCGGCACGCAGCGUCAGCCUCAAGGAGAAGGAUCGCUUCCUGGACUCCACAUCUGACUCGCACUACGCAAACCUCUUCGGCAUGCGUCCCUACUCUGGCAGACUGUUUGGUACUGGCUCCAAAUCCAUGCUGUUUAACCACAACCUGGAGGAGAGCAAGAGGAGCAAGUCCCUGUACCCGGCCCAUGGCUCGGAAAACCCUUUCCUCAGCCACUCGCUGAGGGAUGACACCAGCAGCAGACUGGUCCAUGGGCGUAGCUCCUCUGAUAUUUACAAACAGCUGGCGGUGGCCUCACCUGCAGCGGUCCUUGGAGCGCCCCCCAUCAAAACACGCAACGAUGCGAACAAUCUCCGCUCAUCUGUUAAAUCCACCACUUCAUACUGCUCACGGGACGGGCGGAUAUCCAAUGACAUGUACAAUAAAGAGCAUGUGAUGCCUUACUCAGCCAAUAAGACUAGUGCAUACCCAGCCCCACGUGGCGUCCUAAACUCAGCCCAGUUCAGCAAUAGACGGGUGUAUAAAAAAAUCCCCAGUCUGGAGUCAGAUGUUUAGUUGAUAUAAGAAAUAAUGUG